AUGGGGUUGGGCUCUAGCUCUGAGAUCCCCGACGGGGGCGCUGAGGGCUUUCAUGUGCACGGGGUUCAAGAAAACUCUCCAGCUCAGCAGGCCGGGUUGGAACCUUUCUUUGACUUUAUCAUCACAAUAGGACACACCAGGCUAAAUAAAGAAAACACCAUGUUGAAAGAUCUGCUGAAGGCAAAUGCUGAGAAGGCAGUGAAGCUGGAGGUGUACAACAUCAAAUCAAUGAAAGUGCGCGAGGUGGAGGUGAUCCCUAGCAACAUGUGGGGCGGGCAAGGGCUUCUCGGAGCCAGUGUGAGGUUCUGCACUUUCCAAGGAGCCCAUGAACACGUGUGGCAUGUUCUGGACGUAGAACCCACUUCCCCUGCAGCUCUAGCUGGUCUGCAGCCCCACACAGACUACAUUGUUGGAUCAGAUCAGAUACUUCAGGAGUCAGAGGAUUUCUUCUCACUGAUUGAAUCCCAUGAGGGGAAGCCAUUGAAGCUGUUGGUGUAUAACACGGAAACCGAUUCCUGCCGAGAGCUAUUCGUAACUCCCAAUGGAGCCUGGGGUGGAGAAGGAAGUUUAGGAUGUGGUAUUGGAUAUGGCUAUUUGCACAGAAUUCCAACACAGCCUGUUAUGCCAAAGAAGAAGCAAGAAGAAAUCAAACCACCUUCACCUUUGCCAUUGGAAGACAGAUCCCCUGUGCCAUCUACAAAUGGCUACAUAGAGGCUCCAUUGUUGGCACCUAAUUCCCAAAGGCACAGCUCUGACGAAGUUAUGAAUUUGGAUGAAUCCACAGGUCAAGAAAUGAAUAUGUAUUCAAUGGAAAAUGCACUUCUCCCUCCUCCUCCUCCUCCUGUCCAGAGAGUUAUGGAUCCAGGUUUUCUAGAUGAGUCUGGUGUUUCAUUUCCUGAAAUUGUUGACUUAACGAAAAUGCCUAACUUACCUUCCUCUGCCCCCUUCAACAUGUCAGCUGCAGAAUCUUUGGCAGGGACUGAAAGUUUAAUACCUAACGAUGGAACAACUACUUAUUUUGAGCCUGCCAUGGCUUCAGUCCCUGCAGAUCUAACCACAUAUGCUGAGGGCUCACUUACACAGUCACAGUUGGACCAUUUAAUGCCUUCACUGUCCCCUUUACCAUCCUUUGCUCUUCCUAAUGAUAUUUCUUCAAAGGCAACACUAAGAACAGAUUCUGAUGCUCAAGAAACUGAACUACUUGAGGGCUCACUAUCCACUAACCCACUGAAACUUGACAGCGAUGAAAAGACACAUGAACUGAAAGAAGCUAUACAAGACUAGCACUAAAAAGGACACUUCCUUAUGUCGUCAAUCUGCAGUCUGCCAUAUGCUGUCAUGCUACAUCUCGAAUGUUGACUUUUUGAUCUCUAGAGAUAACUACAACUAUUCUAUUUUGUUAGC